CUUCUCUGCACCGCUCAAGACACAUACAUUGAACACACACGGGCGGGCAGCUCGCAGCAUCGAUCGUGGCUCCUUUAAGAAAAACUAAGCCAGAAACAUCACCCCACCUCUUCUUGAUCUCAUUUAGAGGCUUUUGCAUUAAAAAAUCAGCUCAGGAGCUGAGAGUGAUCAAAGAAACAAGAAGGCUUGAUUUUUUUGUACGAGAAUCUGCGUGUUAAUAUUUAGGGUGUCCCAACCAGAGGAAGCGCACGGCGGAUCAUCAUUCAUUCUCUACUUUGACAACCUCGCUUUUGAUUGACAGUUGGAGUGGCGAAAAGCCAUGGGACUAGCUGGUUUUGUCUGAGGGGCACUUCCAUUACCUACUGGUUUGGAAACGAAGAUUUGUUCUCUUCACGUCCAGAAGAAAGCGAAGGAGCUAUUUGCUGCUGUGUUAUGUUUUACCCUUUGCUGAACUGGAGCUGAAGGUCUGGGCUCAUCUUUUGAAGGAAACGCACGGGAUUUUGAAUCUCGCUUUUGGAGUUUGCCUGUAUAUUUCCCUUCACCCUGGCCCCUUAGGAGAUAUCUGAAGUCGAAGGAAGAAGAGGGAGCGAGGCAGGCCGAUGGCUCAAAGGUACGAAGAUUUACCGCAUUAUGGAAUGGACGGCGUAGGAAUCCCUACCACGAUGUAUGGGGACCCUCACGCGGCCAGAUCCAUGCAGGCUGUUCACCUGAAUCACGGUCCCCAGCUGCAUUCGCACCAGUACCCGCACACAGCUCACAACGCCAUGCCGCCCAGCAUGGGUUCCUCCGUCAACGACGCUUUAAAAAGAGAUAAAGAUUCAAUUUAUGGGCACCCCCUCUUUCCACUUCUAGCACUGAUUUUUGAGAAAUGUGAAUUAGCGACCUGCACGCCGAGAGAACCCGGGGUUGCGGGAGGUGACGUGUGUUCGUCAGAAUCUUUCAAUGAAGAUAUAGCAGUGUUUGCAAAACAGAUUCGAGCAGAAAAACCUUUAUUUUCAUCAAACCCAGAACUGGAUAAUUUGAUGAUACAAGCAAUCCAAGUAUUACGGUUUCAUCUACUGGAGCUGGAGAAGGUGCAUGAACUCUGUGACAAUUUCUGUCAUCGGUACAUCAGCUGCUUGAAGGGAAAGAUGCCCAUUGACUUGGUUAUAGAUGACAGGGAAGGUGGAUCAAAGUCAGACAGUGAAGACAUCACAAGAUCGGGGAACCUUGAUCAGACUUCGUGGAACAGAGAUCACGACGACACAGCGUCCAUACGCUCCGGGGGGACCCCUGGGCCUUCCAGUGGGGGCCACACGUCACACAGCGGGGACAACAGCAGCGAACAAGGUGACGGCUUGGACAACAGCGUGGCCUCACCCAGCACGGGCGACGACGACGACCCGGACAAGGAGAAGAAGCGCAACAAAAAGCGAGGAAUCUUUCCCAAAGUGGCGACGAACAUCAUGAGGGCGUGGCUGUUCCAGCACUUGACUCAUCCUUAUCCCUCAGAAGAACAGAAGAAACAGUUGGCACAAGAUACAGGGCUUACCAUACUACAAGUGAACAACUGGUUCAUCAACGCAAGACGGAGAAUAGUACAGCCCAUGAUAGACCAGUCCAAUCGAGCAGUAAGUCAAGGAGGGCCGUACACUCCAGAUGGUCAGCCGAUGGGAGGGUUUGUCAUGGACGGCCAGCAACACAUGGGAAUCAGACCACCUGGACUGCUAGGCAUGCCAGGGGAUUAUGUGUCUCACUGUGGCCCGAUGGGCAUGGGGCAGUCGAGCUUCACCCCCCCCCAGAUGCCCCCCCACUCUGCCCAGCUGCGACACGGGCCUCCCAUGCGUUCCUACAUUCCUGGACACCCCCAUCACCCAGCGAUGUUAAUGCAUGGAGGACCCCCUCACCCUGCUAUGCCCAUGUCCGCAUCCAGCCCCCCAAUGUUCAACCCAGGAGACCCCACCAUGGGGGGACAGGUCAUGGACAUCCAUGCUCUGUAGCUUAAUGGAUUUUCUCAGACGUACGAAUCAAAUCACCAACGACAAAACAAAACAAAAAAAAAAAAAAACGACAUUUUUGGUUUCCUCUUUUGGCGACAGUGGCGUCUUUCAUGUUUUGACCUCGCACGGAAGCUGAAGAUCUCCAGUCUGGCCAUCAGAUAUUGACCAAGGGGAAACCAAUGUCUGUAUUUCCAGGGACCCUUUUUUCACAGGAAGUGCUCUGGAAAAUGAAAAGAACAGAUAACAAGAAAUUGAAAUUAUAAAUAUAUCAACUCCUGGGAAGGGGGGGGGGUGGGAGGACGAUAUGCUGUAUACUGUUGUAAAAAUACCUUGGACUCUCACGAGAACUGAGAAAUUAUUAUUGUAAAUGCUCUUGUAUGGUUCUGCAUAUUAUGUUGUUUCUUAUAGAUUUUUUUAAAGAAGGAUGUGAACUUUUUUUCUCUUUCUUUCCACACUAUGUGUGUGUCAUUUCCAUAGGUUUUGAUCUCCCUGAAAUCUCCUCACAACUGAAAAGUAAAUAACUGAAUGAAUCGAUCGUUUGAUCAAUUGGUCAGUCGGUAAGCCUAGCUUUCCCUCCACGGGACAACAGAGAGGGCUUCUUUGUGGUUUAUGAGAGCACCGAAAUAACUCUGUCAGGCGGAAAACCCCGGGCCUGACCCAAGAUUCUGAGUCCCACGUUCCCUUGUUCCUCUGGCCCGAGGCUUGCAUUUGCAUGUCUAAUUAAUUUACUUACCACGUUUGAACUGACCUGAUCCUAUGUGAUGGAGGCGGUUGGGAAAGGCAGUAGACACACUGAUUUGAUCAGCUGUCAGAGAGUGUCACAAUAAGGAAAGCAGGAGGAGAGGUAGCAACCAAAAGGUGUACGAACGUCCGGUUGUCAGGUCAGCACGUUCACCUCGCCCCCAUCCGCUGCAGCAACAAAGUGCCCACAGGGCGGGGGAGCAGGGAGGAGGCUGAGGUUACUCCCAAAAGCAACCAAGUGAACACAACUUUUUUUUGAUCUAAGCAGGACAUCAGUUAACAUACAUUUCUUUUCCAUGGUUUCAUCUUGGAGAGUUUAUGUAUACGUUGUAAAUAAAUAAAAAAAAAAUUGUGGGAAAGAAACG